GUAGCAUAUAAGACCAUUUAAAACCGCGAGAUACUGUUCAUAUCGACUUCAGUUGGAGAACCAAAUGUCGUUGACGCCUUAGUCAAGUAUUUACAGGUUAAAAAAAUGAGUGAGUCAAACCGAAAGAAGAGAAGUGGCUCCUUAACAAUAACUGAGAGCGACAAUCGUGCACAGAAGUUAAACCAGGCGGCAGAUCGCACGCUCUGUCAGCAGCUAUCAAGGUAUGAAAAAGAGGAAAAACAACUUCAGCGGGAACUGCUCGACUUAAGGAGAACAAGAGAGACUCUCGAUGCCGGUUUCAAGUUAUUUUUGUCUCCAAGAUCCUGCAGGCGCAGAGGAUCAGAGCACGCGCGUGGAAUUCCCUCAGAUUUUCCUCGACGCAAUUCUGGUUGCUCGUCACAAUUCACCUCUAAACUUCCUCCCAUUGUGUCCAAAAGUCCCAUUCCCUUAAGAAGAGCAAAAUCGCCAGAAACUAUUUCGCAGUGGGCCAACACGGCCAUAUCAAAUGGUGUUAGUGUUGGCUCUCAAAAUAGUCACGACAUCUCUGAGAAGGAAAGCAAAACAUGUUUUCUUUCGGUGCCGGAGAAAGUGCUCUUUCGAAGAACCCACAGCAGCCCUAAUGAAAAUAGUCGUAGGAAAACAGAUGAAAACUUAAAAUCUUGUACCCCACAAGUCUUGAAUGAGAACGAUCCUUUACACGAGGGAUUUAACCAGGAAAUAAAAAUUCAGACAGAAGAAAAUGACAAGGAAACGUCCCUUGAAGACGAUGAUGCAGCUGUCGAUGCUGAUGAUAUAAUUCCUAAAACUAGGGGGAGAUCUCUGAGUGAUUUUAGUCAGGAUAGCCUUGCAAAUCUUCUUUUUCCUAAUAGUUUUAGUCACGGUGACUCAGGAUCGCUUUUGAGUCCAACGCAGUAUGUUCCUACAGCUCCAUUAUCACCAAAGCCGAAGCGUGGUAAUCCCUACAACUCACAGUCAUCGAAGACCAACGUGGAUUUAAUGCAAAGCACCAAGCUGUCGGGUAAAUUUAAAGCAGUUGGUCACGUUUCUCUGGGUUUGGCAGUCAUAAGCCGACUGAGUGCUAAGACCUCUACUGGCGAGCAGGAUUUGGAUGAAAAAGUAGGAGAACUUGGACGUUAUAGCCCAAGGAGAAGAGGAACUCUCGCUCAUAUUAAUUUGAUCCCGCCUCCUGAUUACAGCCCAAUAGACACGAGAAGGCAGAAAACCUGCUGGACUGCUACGAAAGAAGACAUCUCACAAGAUGAUUGAAAGGAUGAAAGCAGUUCGUAUGACACACUCCAUAAAGGAGAACAGCUCAUACAUAGCACCUUCAUAUGAAAAAUUUUAAUUUUGUGGUUGGGAUAUUGGAACUGGAAUACCAAAAAAGGAAUACAGGAACAUGUAUGCUGCAGUAAACUUAAUAGUUAAAACAGCUCUCGGUCCAAUGUGAUACCAUUAUCUUUGAGACAGUUUUAUCCCUUAAUUCUUUUUUUCAGAUGCUGUUAUUAUCUGCGGUAUUUUUCUACGCUGAAAAAUUAACUGCAAACGCAAAUACAUAAUGCAAUAUAUAUAGAAAUCUGUCGGUGACCUGAAAAAAUAAUGGUUGAUAUUCAUACUGUAAAUAUAGCUGUAUAUGGAUUCCAGAGAUGUCAAAUAUAAACUAAAGGCAUUUUAUUUUCUUAUCUGGCCUUUAUGAAAUUUUAAAUUAAAUCUAGAACCGGUACUGUGGUCGUAGUUAUUAUCGCGCACAAUAAAUAUACGUAGGAAAGUCAA